ACCUUGUCAUGACAGACACGAUAAACAAAGAAUUAAUUGACAAAGCAAUCAGCCGCGCCAUGCGCGAGACGUUCGUCGGCAGCAUCAAAACCUAUAAUCAAGCCUAUGAACCUAUGUGUGAAUUGAUUGAUAACGAUAACACACUAACUCAAGCCGAAAAAGAUGAAGCCAAAAUAAUGCCAUGCGUCAUAGAUUUCCUGCAGGACGAGGCAACUAGAUGGACUUCAGGAAAUGAACAAAUCGAUCGCUCCAUUCUUGAAGCACAAAUUAGAACUCCAUUGCCUGGACGCAUCCCAGAGUGGAUUCCGUAUGUUUAUUUUAGUAACAUUCGUGAAAAAGGAGCUGGUGGAUUUUCGACCAUUUACACUGCACAUUUGAUGAGGGGGAUAUAUAAAAAAUGGAAUAAGAAGACAAGAAAGUUGGAGAGAAGUGAAAAUAAGGAGGAGGUCAUUUUAAAAAAAUUUACUGGUGGUAUUGAAUUGAAUUUGGACGAGCUUAAAAAUCAUCUCCAUUUUACGAGCAUUUCCCCUAAGUUGGUGUGGGGAUUAGGGAUCACAUACGAUCCAACUGAUGAUAGUUACAUGUUAGUAUUAUCGAAGAUGAAAUGCAACCUACAGGAAUAUAUUGAAGAACAUUCAACUAUUAGCUGGAAGUAUAUAAACAAAAUCCUUUGGGCUUUGAUCUCCGGAAUUUACCAACUUCAUUUUAAUGUUAAUUUAGUGCAUUGUGAUUUACAUCCUAAAAAUAUUCUUAUGUCAUAUUCAUCUGCAUGGUACAUUUCUGAUCUUGGAAUCAGUGGAUCUCUGGAUAAGACAAAUAAAGUCAACAGAGUUUAUGCGCACACGGGACAAGAUCAUUUUAUCACUCGAAGCACUAUUGAGAAAACCAAUGAAUUCCAAAAUAGCUCCUUGUAUUAUACUAGCGAUUUUAUUCUAUGUCAUACUGAAGGACUGUCUGAUAUGGAGCUCCCCCGGUUUUCUGAUGAUCAAUUAGCCUAUUUUCUCAAAGAUCCCAUUUCCAGUGAACAGAAAGAAGACCAAUUAGUCAUAAAUCAGAUUUCCAGUGAACAGAAAGAAGUACAAGACUCUGGAAAUACUCAUGGGGACACCAAACCUAACGAGGAAAGUAAAGUAACCCCAAAACAGAAACUUUUAACCCGGUUAUUUCGAGGUAUUGCCCGGUUGUUCCAAAAAGUUAUUAGAAUAAAGAAGAC